AUACGUCAACACAAAGUCAAUGUGGCGCUUAAAAAUUUACGCGCAUAUAAAGUUUAGCACGUGUUGUGUUUUCAAUAUUCUGGCUUCCACAUUGAACGGGAUUGUAUUUUCAAAUAUUGCAUAAUAUAUCAUUUUAUUAGUUAAUCACUCUUUUCAAUAUUCAUAAAAUAGAAACCGACAAGAUGUAAGAGCAUAUCAGGGAAAUGUCUAAAGAAGGUUAUAGUGCCGAAAAAAAAGAAACUGAGAAUAAAGUGGUUUUGGAAAGAUUACAAUCGUAUUUAAAAGAUAAACGAAGUAGUGAAUCCACAGAGUCCUGUGUCGUGUAUAGUAAACCAAGUACUAGUUUUGAACAAAAUCCUCUCAGCAUACCUGCCAUAGAAGAUAGCAGUAACGUCCUUCGCGAAGUGUUAAACCAUAAAAAAGCUGAGCUGCUUCGACAACCAGAAGUUAUUGCUUUUCUUAAAACUAUAUCAUCUGACUUAAAAAAAUAAUUCAAAAUAUACAAGUUAAAGUUGAAUGAGGAUGGCAGUCGCAGCCCGAAAAUCUGCAGCAUCCUUGAUGCGAAAAACAUUAGACCGUCAAGCUGCAUUAACACUUACGAAGCUUAGUUUUAAAAAGAAUCAAAUCCGAAGUGUGAUUAUAGAUUACAUAGAAAACGGAAAAAAUGGGCCCUUCAAUGAAGUUAUACAGAUUCUAAAGAAUGGACAUAAUUUGAGUGAUAAUAACUUUAGGGUGUUGUUUGAAGACUGUCUGUCGUGUAUAGUGUAUUUGGAGCGAGAAUUCAAACUUUUUAUAGAUAUUUUAUGUAACAUAGAAUGGGCAAACAGAGAUCCAGAACUUGUUGAAGUAUUUACCAGAUUUAUUCUAAGCUUAGUUACUGCCCACACCUAUCACUGUCCUCGAGUGAUGGCAUCACUAGUUAAAUUGUUCAAAGCUGAUGGUGGAAAUUGGGAAGACAGUCCUCCACAAGAACUGAUAUUAAGAUGGUCGAACAUUCACACACUAAUUGCACAAAUCGUGGCUGUCAUGCCUAUGACCAGUAAUGUUCUAAUGCAAACUAUAAUAGAAAACUUCCCAUAUUACAAAUUUGGGUGUGUUGCUAACAGAGCAUAUAUCCAUAAUUUAAUCUGGAUUAGUAAAUACAUACCAUCGUUAACAGAACAAAUUAUGACCACUAUUGUUCACAGAUUAAUAGAAAUGGACGUAAACGUUGUCAGCCGAUCCAUGAAGCCACAAGAGACUAUAUUUGAUAUGGAAAUUGACGACAAAGACGAGAUCAGUGUUACUUUGGACUACUGCAUGUUGGAGGUACUGAGGUGGCUCGAAGAUGAGAGAGAAGCAGUACUUCAUAUACUGUGUAAUGUUUUUGAGAGAGUCAUCCUUCCUACUUAUGGCAUAAGGCAUGUCCAAUUCCUCCUACUAUACACAAUAUCAAUAAACCAGCAAUGUGCAGACAGAAUAUUCAACAACCUCUGGACUAUAGCGGCCGGACUGCACGGCCUGGGGCCCGGAGCCCUAACCACCAGAAAAACUGCUGCAAGUCACUUGGCCGGGCUUCUAGCUAGGUGUGUCAGGGUAGCAAACACGAGGUUAAUACACCACUUAAAGACGAUGGCUGAUUGGUGCCAUGGUUAUAUAACUGCUACUCAAGAGACGUCAGUGAAUGAUAAUACAAAGGUUCACGGCGCCUUUCACGCUAUAUGCCAUGCUAUUUUCUAUCUUGUGGCGUUCAAGAAUCAUCACCUUUUUAUGAGUAAAGAAAGUUACAACUUCGUAGAAUCCCUAAACCUAGCACGCUUGGUGACAUGUCCACUAAACCCACUUCGCACCUGCCCUCCCCAAGUGACCAGAGCCUUCGCCUCCGUCACCAGGUCGCACCAAGUGGUCUACUGUCAAGCAAUCAUUGAGAAGAACACUAGAUACUCGCUGCAUAGUGCAGUGCAGUAUGACGAGUGGUUCCCGUAUGACCCUUAUACUUUGCCUAUAUCUGGUAAAAUAAUAUGGCCAUUGUGCAUAGAAUAUAAAGAUUUGCUGAAAGAUGGUGACGACGAAACCCAGUACUCCAGUCUAAAGAAGAAAUUGGAAGCUGAAGAUGAUGACUAUUUAAUACCAAGUCCAUCCCAGAGAUUAGCCAGCUCGCUAUCAAAUUGUGUAUCGCCCGGUUUUAAAACCAGUGAAUCCAUUUUAAUGUAAUUGUGUUGAUAGAGCUGCCUAUUAAAACUCUUUUUUAUUAUAUUUUGUUGUUAUUGUGAUUGAAAAAAUUACUGGUGUCAUGUAUCUAAUUUGACUGACCAAGAAGCAGGGUCAUCUUUGGACGAUACAAUAAAAAAAAAAUACUUAAAAAAUCAAUGCUAAUUUUGUUGUAUUCAUGUACAUUUUUUUUUUUCAUAGAAAUCGGCAGCUCUACCAGAAAAGUUGAUAUAAGUCUGAUAAAUUAAAAUAUUUAUUAAGAUUAAAAUUGUAAAUAUAAUAUCAAUAUUCUGAAUUUCACUUUUAUACAGUAACAGUAUGUAAAAUAGAUACUGAAUGUGUAUUUUACAAGAACAGAUAUUUAUAUUAAAUUUAUAUUAUAUGCCUAAACGCUUUUUAUAUCUAUAUAAUAAGUGUAGUGUAAAUAUUGGUACAAACCACUAUUUCCAGUGCUUUUUAUGCCCAGUAGGCAUAAACUUGUUUGCAUCGUUAUUUUAUAAUGAAAAAUAUGUAGAAAAAUAAAACUACAUAAUUAUUAAUAUAAGU